GCAGAGCAAUAGUGUCCAUGUUGGCGUGCAGAAGGGCGUGUUGUCCCUAUUUAAACCCCGAGCUUUACACAGAUUACACACAAGCGCAUCUUACCUGGAGGGAACCGUCUCACAGAGCACCACUGUACCAGAACUAUUCCAAAAUGGGCGACAACAACCCAGUCAAUCAAGAAGUGGAGCAGUUCAACAAGCAGAAGCUCAAGAAGACAAACACAGAAGAGAAAAACCGACUCCCAACCAAGGAGGAAAUUGAAGAAGAGAAGAAGGCCAUGAAAGAGGGGAACAACUGAAACACUCCUGCCAUGAUUUCGCUUCCUUCUUCUUCUGUCCUCCUCGAUCACCAUGCUUGUCUUCCAGUUCAGAGUUCUACAUCUACAUCUUUACUGCUGUCUGCCAUGUUUUAAUGCAAAUGGGUUUAAAGGUUGCUCAAAUAUAAUUAAACUUGUAUCUAAAUCUACAUGUAAUGGGUGCUUCUUGUGCUCUUUCUCAAGAUUUUACACAGUGUUGAACCAAAGGCAGUAAAUUGAGUGUUGGGCGUAUACUUAAACAAGAAUGAAAAUGCAAAUAUACUGCAAUGACGUAAUUCACUGUUACUAAUACCAAAAGUAUGCCUGUAAAUGGUGCAUUUAAUGAAAAUGUAGAGAAGAAUAAAGAAAAAAAACAUGUUUUUGUUUUAAUAAAAAUCAACGUGACAAAUGG